CUCAUUCUCCGAAAACAAGACGGGAGUAAAUAAGUUGGCAAAGUGCAGCGAGAGACAAUUUCUGCCAAAUCCUCUCCCCUGAAACACUUUUAUAAACUUUGUUUUUUUCUUACUUUUUUUCUUUUUUAUCAAAUCUGCGACAAGUGGGCAGCAGAGGGAAAAGACGCGGAGGUGAGGCAACUGAUCCAGGGAGAGGGAUUUAUUUUCCUUCUGCAUUCUUGAUGGAGUCGUACAGAGUGUCUGGCAUUCCUAACACCGGACCACAGCGGGGCUACGCUCAGAUGUCUCGUCCGUCCCGGCCCCAGAGUAACGGAGCUGGCUCAUAUGGUCUCAGCAUCCGGGUCCAAGGCAUAGAUGGGCACCCCUAUGUAGUCCUGAACAACCAGGAAGGGGGUCCUCAACCUUACCUUGACCCGAACAGCAAUGGGUACAUCGAUGCAGACGGCUCUUUCAUUGAUAACUACCAGGAGUAUGACUUCAGAGGAGGCAAGGAGGCGGGCUCCACCAGCCCCUUCAUGGAGUACAGGUCUCAGACGAUGAUGUCUUACACUGAUUCUCAAAACGGGGUUUCAGAAUAUCAGGGAAAGAAAGCAUCCUCCCUUCUUAAUUUCCAGAAGCACCCUGAGAUCCUGCAGCCGUAUGAUCCAAAAACCAACUCCCUGAGCUUUGAUGGCUCCCGCAGCCUGCCUUCAAGGCCUCCGACUGACACCGGGAACCAGUACCAGAGUUUCUCCUCCAGAGCUUCUCAGAACGCUUCGACCCACAUCCGAUCAUCAAGCCUGGAGAGGAAAAAAGAUUCUGUGCCGCAAGAGACGAGACAGCUUUCAUCCCGGAGUCUGACUGAGACCGCUCUGGCCAAACGGAAGCCUCCGUCUCAGCCCGCUCAGCCUCAGACCAGGCCGCCGUCCCAGCAGGCUCAGCCGCAGGUCAAACCCUACCUCACCAACCUGAACCCUCUUCAGUCCAAACCGGCCGCUAAAGCCCAGCAGCAGUCGGCGCCUUCGGUCCAGCCUCAGCCCUCCUCGGCGGCGAGUCCCGUGAGCGAGCAGAGCAAGACGUCGUGCAGAUCUCCCAGUUCGAUGAGCAGCGCCAGCUCCAGCCUGGAGCGCAGCCGGCGGGAGCCGGACGUCCUCCCCCUGCGCAGGACUGACUCCAGCGGGCCGGUUCUUCAGUCCUCUUCUCGUUCCCGCCACUCGUCUGCAUCUUCCUCCUCCAAAGCUCUGCUGGAUGAGCAGAUGGAGGCUCUGUAUGCAGACACCAUAAACCGCCACGAAAACCGCCGCUACAUUCCCUUCCACGCAGGUUCGGGCAGAGACAUCGACACCGGCUCCAUCCCCGCCGUCGACGAGCUCAUCGAGAAGUUUGACGGCAAAGAUGGCGGCCAGCAGCGCAGGGGCAGGGCGGGGCGCAGGAACAGGAUCAAUCCGGAGGACAGGAAGCGCUCUCGCAGCGUGGACAGCGCCCUCGGUCUGAGAAGUGGCUCGGAUGAGUUCAGCAGCUUUCGGGGCACGUCGAUGGAGCACGUCCUGCGGCCGUCGCAGCUGCGCCUGCAGAAGACGGCCGGCGGUCAGGAGUCCUGGCUGACGGUUGUGGACGGAAAGGUCGACUCUAAGGAGUCGUUUCGGGCCACCAGUGCGCCUGGCUCCCCUCAGAGCACCAUCUCCAAGACCAUUGGCUCCAUUCAGGGCUACAAACAGCCACAGACCCGCUCGUCUUCUCUGCCUUUCAAACAUAAAGACGGCGAGGAGAGCGCCUCGUCCGCCGGAAAGGUCUCCACCACACUGCUGUCAACGUCGCUGUCCAAGCUGCCGUCCACUGCCGGCAAGAAGGCCGGUUCAGAAGCAGACGUUCAGGCAACGCCGGAUCUCCUGAAAGGUCAGCAGGAGCUUUCACAACAAAGUCAUGAAGAGACUGCCAAACAAAUUCUGUUUAAUUACCUGAAGGAUGGAAGCAGUGACAGCGAUGACGUGACAAAGAGAAAGGUCAACCUUGUCUUUGAGAAAAUACAGACGUUGAAGACUCGCGCCACGUCGGGUGCGCAGAGCGACAACAAGUCGCUGGACUUUUCUGCUCAGACUAAAGCUCUGAAGGACCAAAAUGCUGCACUGGAGAAAGAAAUCACUGACCUGAAGAGACGGCUGGAGGAGCAGGCCACGAGAAAUCAAGCUGACAAAAGGACAGCGGCAGGUCUGAAGGAGCUGCAGCAGGAACUGCAGCGGAGCAUCCAGGAGUGCAAGCUGCUCAGGGAAAAACUCUCCAAAGCAGAAGCUGAACUAAAGACCACAGUGGAAGAGCUGUUCCAGGUGAAGAUGGAGCGGGAGCAGUACCAGACGGAGAUCAGAGACCUGCAGGACCAGCUGUCGGAGAUGCACGACGAGCUCGACUCGGCCAAGAAGUCGACGGCCGAUGGAGAGAAGGACGUCGUCAUGGUGGAUAUGAUGCAACUGAAGGUGGAGAUGCAAGAAGUUCUCCUGGCCAAGGAGGAUCAGGAGGAGCUGCUGAGGAGGCGAGAACGGGAGCUGACGGCAUUGAAAGGAGCCCUGAAGGAGGAAGUGGCCGCUCACGACCAGGAAGUGGACAAGAUGAAGGAGCAUUUUGAGAAGGAGCUGAGCAGGCUGCACAAGUCUUUGGAGGACAGCAAGCAGAGCAGCGUGGCGGCGGUCCGAGAGAAGGCUGAAGUGGAGGCAGCCAAAGGGGCAGCGGAGGGCCAAGCGGGGCGGCUCACGCAAGAGGCAGAGCGGCUGCGCCGGCGCGCUCAGGAGCUGGAGAACGAGGUGGCCAAACUCAACAGAAUCAUCGACGAGGCCAAGCUGCAGGAGAGCAGGCUGGGAGACAAGAGCGGCCGGCUGGAGAGAGAUAAGAAGCAGCUGGAGGAGUCUUUGGCUGAAAUCAAAGAGCAAGAGGAGGAAAUGUCUCGUGCCAACCGAGCGCUGACCAUCCGACUGGAGGAUGUUCAGAGAAAUCUGACCAAGCUGAGCGGCGAACACAAAGAGCUGGAGGAGAGGCUGCAGGAGGAGAAAGCUCAGAAGGAGCAGUUCAAGAACAUGAAGAACGACAUCGAGGAGGAGAGGAGGCUGCUGGACCGCACGGUGGAGAAGCUUCAGAGAGAGAUGAACGAUAUUGUGGACGCGUCUCAGUCGUCCACUCGGGAGCUGCAGGAGCAGAUCGACAUCUACCGAGAGAAAAACCGUCGAGAGCUGACGGAGCUUCAGAAGCUUCUGAGGGAGCGGGAGCAGGAGCUGGACAAGUGCCUGCUGAUCUCCAAAACCCUGCAAGACGAGCUGUCGCGCCGGGAGGAGGACCUCCGUCAGUGUCAGAGGGAUCGAGACAAGGCUGAACUCAGGGAGAAGACGCUUGAGAAAAGGGUGUUCGAACUGGAGGCGGAGGCUGAGACGAACGCCCACACUAAAGAUGACAAAUCCCGACACGUCAAACUCAUGGAGGAGAGAAUUUCUCAACUAGAGAUAAACCUCAAUGAGGAGCGCCAGAGUGGAGACCAGCUGAUGGACAGGAUAGACCGUGGAAGAGAGCAGGUGGAGCAGAUGAGGAAUGAACUCCUGCAGGAGAGGGCUAGCAGACAGGACCUGGAGUGUGACAAGAUGGCUCUGGAGAGACAGAACAGAGACCUGAGAACCAGAGUGGCUCAUCUGGAGGGAUCCCAGAGGCCCAGCAAGGAGGGCCUGGUGGCCCAGCUGGAGAAUCGCAUCCAGGAGCUGGAGGAGCGGCUGGAGGGGGAGGAGAGGGAGCGGGCCAACCUGCAGCUGGCGAACCGAAGGUUAGAGAGGAAGUUGAAGGAAGUGAUGAUGCAAGUUGAGGAAGAACAUAACUCCAUCCAGGAUCAGAAGGACCAACUGAAUCUGCGUCUGAAGGCCCUGAAGAGGCAGAUGGACGAGGCUGAGGAGGAGAUCGACCGACUGGAGCACAGCAAGAAGAAGCUGCAGAGAGACCUGGACGACCAGCAGGAGACCAACGAGCAGCUCCAGAGUCAGCUCAAGGCUCUGCGCAGUGAGAUGAGGCGGAAGACCAACUCCGCCCCGCUGCUCAACACCCUGGACGACGACGACGACGACGACGCCAGCACCGACGGCGAGACGUACUUCAGCUCGUCCUCGGGGUACAAGCGCUCAGCAAGUCAGGACAACCUGCUGUCCUCCUUGGCUUUAUGAACCAACACGGACGUCAGGGGUGGAGCUGCGUUAUCCGUGACGCCGUCGGACCAAAAGGCCGCCAAUCCGCGCCAUGAGCUUCCGUAAAUAAUUACACUCGUUUGAAUGUUAAGACUUUCACUAAACUUCACUACUUUUGUGAAAGUCUUGAGUUCAGCAGUUGAUGUAAUUCUCCCAUGGCGGCUCUGGAUGGCCAAGAAUUCACUCAGUAUUAUCAAAGCAGCUGUUUGAUUAACCAAUUGUUGAAUCGUUGAAUCUUUGAUGUUUUAUUCUGUGCUGAAGAAAUUAAAUGUACAUACUUCUGAUGUUACAUUCCUACUUUUUUAUUUUCCUACUUUUCUUACUUCUUAUCUUCCAAUACUUUUACUUCUGAGAGGCUUUUUGCUUUAACCAACAGAUUACACAAGCGUGUCAAUAUGAAUAUCAGCUUUAGUACAAUGGAAACUGCACUCUGUGAUGCACUGUAAACCAACCGGCAACCAGUACCGCCCUGGUGAACUCUAUGAAGUUAUUAUUACCCUGUGUUUUAUUAGGCCUAUCGAACAUGACACAUUUACGCUCAGUAUCUGAAGAUUUUUUUUGUUUUGUUUUUUUUCCUGUUAAAUGAAAUACAUUUACCUGUUUUCGCAGUGAAUGAAAAUCAAAUCUGAACACAUGAAGUCAUUUAUGUUGGGAUGUUUUUAUUUAUUCUUGCCUGAAAAUGCAGAGUUUUGACUCAGUGAUGGAUUUUUUUUAGGGAAUAAUACAUGAGGGACUUUGAACAUCUCUUUUUUUUAUACAGUUUUUUUUUUUUUUUUAAAUCAUUGGUUAGCUUGUCAUCCAUUUCACGGGUUUUAGCGUUCGCGGUGUCCCUCACAUCCAGCGUUUACUUCUUUAAGGGGUUUCAGCAGUGAAAUCGACCAAUUUUAAAUCAAUUUCACAUACUGGAAAUGAUUUGAUUUAAUUUUGCUCUGUUUAUUUCCUUCCUAACCUGUAAAAAAAUCUUCAUUCUGAACGUCUCGGUCUUAUUUGAAAUGUGUAUCUCAUGACUUUCAGUGCCAGGGGAAAUGGUUUAGUUUUUGAAACUAUCUUUUAAGUAAGGGAGGGAUUUUCUUCAGACGACAAGCAGACAAUCAUUUUAUUUUUUAUUGUAUUUUUUUUACACUGUGAUGAUUUGCACUCUGUUGGCUCUGUGCUGAAAACGCCCGUGUGUGUCGGCAGUGGAGGGAGAGAGUGGAUCAAGCCUGCCGCUACCUCUCUGGACUCAAAUGUAUGUUCAUAAAUCCUGCUGAGACGACAAUAAAGUUAAUUUCAGUUAC